UGAUUCUGCGUUCAAGUCUUUGGUCUCGCCGUGCAAAUCCUUGGCUGUCUCAUACAGGCAGUGGCUGUUUGCUCGCUCGUCAAGGAAAAGUUGGCAGAACCUUAUAAAGUAGUGUCACUACUAAGAAAUGUUGGCUGGUUACUUAGCUUAAACAAGGAGAACACUUGCGAGGACUGCUGGUGAAUAUUUUAAAGAAAGACUAAUGAAAGUUGACAAUAAACCCGUGGGUCAGCGGCAUUCAUGUCCAGGGAAUUUUGUUAAUCCUGUACAACUAGACAUGGAUCAGCAUGGAGCACACAGUACACCACAUCGACGACUGUCCGGCAUCAGAGUGUCGACCAAAAGCAAGGCACCUUCCCCCCCGCCAGCUCUGAAGGGCCUGGGCGACCCGGGCCUUCCGCAGCGGUACCCAGGGUUCCCCCACAGGACCAUGGACCAGAAGGAGAACCUGCUGGAGCGGGAGCUGAACCUGCUCGUGGUUCUACCAGGGGGAGUGGAAAAGACCACCCUGGUGCAUGGCAGUAAACCUAUGAUGGAUCUGCUGGUGAUGCUGUGCGCUAAGUACCACCUGAACCCCUCUGGACACACCAUUGAGCUGGUCACCACCAACAGGAACCACAUCAAGUUCAAGCCCAACGCCCCGAUAGGGACCCUGGAGGCAGAGAAGAUUCUGCUGAAACCCAAAGGAGGGGAAGACAAGAACAAGAAGUCCUGCCCUCAGAUGCCUGAGGCAACUGUCCGUCUUGUCAUAAACUAUAAGAAGACUCAGAAGACUAUUCUGCGGGUCAAUCCUCGAGUUCCUCUUCAAGAACUCCUACCAGCCAUCUGUGAAAAAUGUGAAUUUGCCAUGGACACCACAGUGUUGCUGAGAGACCUGCUGUCGCCUGGUCCUCUCGACCUGACCACCUCUCUCAACGACUGUGGCGUCCGAGAGCUUUACGCCAAGGACAUAAAAGGGCUUGGUCUGGCUGACAGACCCACCUCCUCCCCUGUGUGCCCUUCUUCACCCAGUCACCACGGCACCGCUGAUACAAUCACGCCGGGCAAAGACAAGAAGGAGAAGGAGAAAGAAAACAAAGGCAUGUUCAGUCUGUUCAGGAGGAGCAGGAAGAAGCCAGAUCAGUCCAUGCCGGCCAGCGCCCCGGCCUCCCCAGUCCUGAGCAAGCCUCGUCCGCUCAGCAUGGCCUCGUUGGGAGCCCCCUGCUCCUUCUACGACUCCAGCACCAUGCCCGCCGACGUGCCCAAGAAGAGGCGAGCCCCCCUGCCCCCCAUGCUGGUGUCCCAGAGCUGCCCCUCUGACCUCAGCUCUCGCCCCAGGAUCAGCUCUGAGGCCGAGGCCCUGUCAGACCCAGACCAGGCGGCCGGCCUGAGUCCAGGGUCCUCCAGCGAGUCGUCCCUGAGGAGGACCAAGCGCAAGGCUCCCCAUCCCCCCUCAUCCUCCUCAUCCUCCUCCGCGGCCGUCCUGGACGACGCUUCCCCGGGGGGAAGUCUGAAAGGUGGUCCAGUUGCCAUGACGCUGGAGGAGAUCGCGGAGCAGGAAGAGGCGUCGGUGGGGCUGGACUGGGGCGAUGUCCAGGAAGACGACAGCAGCCUCGACCUGUCGGCAGACGUCUCCACGGAGCUGGACUUGGCCAGGGACGCCCCUCCACCAGAGGCCCCUCCACCAGGGGCCCCUCCACCAGGGGCCCCUCCGCCAGAGGCCACGGGGGAAGAUCAGCCUGGUGAUCUGUCCUCAGAUGGCAAACCAACACAGGUGGACGGUGAAGAUGCGGCCACAAGGCUGAGGACUGAAAUGAGCUCCACUGAGCUGGUGGACAUCGACGGUCGUUCAUGCCAAGUGGAAGUUCCCAGGGAACAGACAGACUUGUCAACCAGAAAUUCCACCUCACAAGACGGAUCUGAGGAGGAAGUUAGUGCUCCAACAGCCCUGGAGGUGGUUCAGGAGGCGGGGUCGCAGGCCUUAGGCCAGCCGGACUCUGACCCCCCCGGUGAGGAGAGCGUCCCGCUGGGCCCGCUGGCCACCAGCACCCCAUGCCCACCAGGAGAGGGCGCCACGGUGCAAACGGAUGCUGCGCCGCCUUCUUCUCCGUCCGCUGAUCCCCAACAGGAAGUGCCUUCACCGGCUGAGCCCUCCUCAGAGCCAGCGGGCCAGAAGAGAGACAUGGCUACCUCCACAGAGGAGCUGGACCCCUCAGAGGCCCACACUGCCUCGUCCCAGGCCUCAGAAGCCCACCCUGCCUCGUCCCAGGCCUCAGAGCCCCACACUGCCUCAUCCCAGGCCUCAGAGCCCCACCCUGCCUCGACCCAGGACUCAAAGCCUCACACUGCCUCGUCCCAGGCCUCAGAGCCCCACCCUGCCUCGUCCCAGGCCUCAGAGGCCCACCCUGCCUCGACCCAGGCCUCAGAGCCCCCUCCCUGCCUAACACCCGCACCAAGUGCCCCGACAGUUGCUGCUGCUGCCAAGGCAGCACCCUUCUACGCCACAGACUCUGAACCUAAGCCAAAGCCUUCCAAUGAGCUGACCAGGGACUACAUCCCCAAGGUGGGGAUGACUACAUACACCAUAGUGCCUCAGAAAUCUCUGGAGAAGCUGAGAUUCUUUGAGGUGGAGCUGACUUUGGAGUCUUGCCCUGUUGAUGCAGAAGAGGAAGCGAAGGUUGGAUCUCUGAAACUGGAAGACUGCGCAGCAUCGAGGGAGCAGGUCCAGGUAGCGACAGAACCGACGCCGGUGCAGCCGACCGCGCCCAGGGAAGACUCAGCGCAAACUGGAGACACUACUGGUAGUGAGAUCACUGUAAACGGCAGUAUGACUGAAGUUAACGCGCCCUCAACACCGCCGUCAAAGCUAGCAAGAGGUGACAAGAUCUCAUUCGCCACCGAUGGCGGAGGGGCUUCGAUCCAAGCAGCGUUGAUAGCAGAGGUCAAGGAGAUGAAGAUUCCACCCGCAACUAAACCCAAGCCUGGAUCUUUCCGCUUGCCGCAUCACAAAGGAACACCUGGGUGUUACGUCACCUCAGCAGCAGUGAAGAGCGGCGGUGUGAGUCCCGGGGCCGGCCAGAGGGAGGGUCCGGCCAGCCUGCAGAGGGAGACGCCCCUGCUGGCUGUGGCAGAGGGACGGCUCCCUCCGCCUCCUGUGCUGUGCCAGGAGUCACCAGGGGGCGCUCGGGCUCAGCUCAGCCCAGAAGAGGAGGUGGAGGAAGGGGGUGAGAGGAGGAGCGUGCCCUCUGCUCUACUGACCAGGCAGAGCAGUUUGUCCCCCAGAGAGCCGGUGGCGGGGCUGAGUCUAGAGAAAUUCCGGACUUUUGCGGCUCCUCGGCCGUACUCUCCCAGCACCCCGUCUCGCUUCGCGCAGGCCGUGUCCUCGGCCGUCAGAAGGUCCCAGUCCGUGUCCCACAGCCCCACUGAUACAUCUCCUCGAUCGCCUCCCUUCCACCCAGUCUCUGGUCGCUUCUCCAUAAAAGAACCAAAAGGACUGGCUCAUUCUAAGGGAGCGGACAAUAGGCCAGACGAGGAGGACAAGGGCUCCGAGAGGGAGGGAGGGGCAGAGGAGUCGGCUUGUGGCUCAGCCAAUGACACGACGGCUCAUACGACAGCCCCGAGCCAAGCGGAGCAGAGCAGCAGUGCAUGCGGAGAGGACCGGAAGAGCAACGGAGCACCUGACACACCUACUGGAGAUGUUGUCCUGCCCUAGAGGGUGCCAGAGGAGAUGCCCAGAACUGAGGAGUAGAAGAGUUCCAUACAUCUGCUGGUAGUCAUGACAACAAAGUACAAACUGAAGAGACUUUGUGAUGGAAAAACCCUUACAUCACAUAAUGUAGAUGUUCAACACACUAUCAUAUCAGAUAUAAUCAUCCAGAUUUGCUUGUGAAAAUUAACAAUUAUAUGCACAUUAAAUUUGAUGUUUUUGAGGUUUGUUUUGUGUUGUUCGAUCAUAGUGGAUUACAGUAGAGUUCAGGUUGUCUUAUUUUGUUAAAAACCAAUUGUAAAUUAUCAGUCUCGAUGAUGAGUUGUAAUUUUGUUUCAGUACAUGAUAAGUGAUUGGUCACUGUCUGACCUGGACUGGUACUUAAAUCGGUUGAUAUUGCAGUUUAUUCUUUAUUUAAUCUCAACAAAUGUGUUUAUGUGAAAGCUGUGCCUGGACAUACACUGGCAUUCCCUGAACGAGUAUAGAAUAAAAGUUAUGAUUCUAUGUCAUGAUGAGUGUCCUGUAUUGAAGUUAUAUUGGGAAUAAAAAAUACUUAUGAAAAUUAUUAAGCUGAGCCUGUAACUAAAUAAACUAAAGGUAAAACUUUGAACUUUUCACAUUAAAUGUGUAGCCUACGCUUUGUACUUACUAUGUGUGAAUUCAUAUGUUAAGUGCAGUUUCUAUUUGUGUAUUAAAAGAUUUUAAA